AUGCAGCUCCUCGAUAUCGUUGCACUCUGCAGCCUUGCGACUGUCGUCGCAGCAGCUCCGACUCCAUUCGAGAGAGCUGUAGCCGAGGUCGCAAAGCGUGAUCCAUAUUUCCUCUAUCGUAUUUUUGCACCUCCAGAGAAUGAGGAUGAGCCGAAUUUCGAAAAGCGAGAAGAGAAGCGUGAUGCAUAUUUCUAUGGUAGAACCUGGACUCCUCCAGAGAAUGAGGAUGAGGAGAAGUUCGAGAAGCGUGAUCCAUACUUCUACGGCCGAACCUGGACUCCCCCAGAGAAUGAGGAUGAAUCCAAAUUCGAGAAGCGUGAUCCAUACUUCUACGGUCGAACCUGGACUCCCCCGGAAAAUGAGGAUGAGUCGAAGUUCGAGUGA